AUGUCGGGAGGCUGGAACACCAUAGAGUCCGAUGCCGGUGUGUUCACAUACCUCAUCGAGAAGCUCGGUGUCAAGGGCGUAGAGUUCGAAGAACUCACCACACUCGAACCUUCAGACCUACAAGCCCUCGGUACACUGUACGGUGUAAUCUUCCUCUUCAAGUACCCGACCGGCGAGAAACCCAGCGACGUACCGAAAGACGGGACGUACGACUACGAGGCGGCGAAUAAGCUCUUCUUCCCUGCGCAAACGAUACAGAAUGCGUGUGGUACACAGGCGAUUGUUUCGCUGCUGCUGAAUAGGGAGGAGGAGGUGGAUAUCGGCAAGGAACUGAAGGAGUUCAAGGAGUUUGCUGGCGACUUUCCGCCAGAGCUACGAGGAGAAACACUGUCAAACUCGGACCUCAUCCGCGAAACUCACAAUUCUUUCGCGCGCUCCUCGCCGUUCGUCGACGAGACACAAAGGACGGCUACUGAAGACGACGAUGUCUUCCACUUCAUCGCCUACACAUCCAUAAACAACAAACUCUACGAACUCGACGGCCUGCAACCCGCGCCCAUCCUCCACGGCCCCUGCACCCCCUCCGACUUCCCCAGUAAAAUCAUCCCCGUCCUCCAACGCCGCAUCGCGCGCUACCCUGCCUCGGAAAUCCGGUUCAACCUCAUGGCCUGCUGUCGCGACCUGCGCAUCCGGGCGAGGGAGAUAGGCGACGAGGACGAGCUGGAAGAGCAGGAGGAUAAGCGCGCGAGGUGGCUGUAUGAGAAUAGUUUGAGGAGGCAUAACUUUGUGGGGUUUGUGGGGGAGUUGUUGAAAGCCGUGACGAGGGCGAAGUUAAAUGAGGGCGAGGGGGCUUAUGAGGCGUGGGUUGAGGAUGCGAAGAGUAGGGCGGGGAGGAAGAGGGAGGAGUUGAAGAAGAAGGGUAUUCAGCCUGAGGAGUAG